AUGUCUGACACUAAAAGACAAGAAUGGCCAGAAUUAGUCGGUCAGUCGUUCGACCAAGCAUCCCAAACAAUACUACAAUUUGACGGUCAAUUACAUCCUUAUAAUGCAAAAAAUGGUAUGGAAAACAGAAUGCUUGAUCCAUUACGUGUUGUGGUCGUCACAGAUGAUAAUGGCAUUGUGACCAAAGCUCCAUCCUAUACUUAUCGUCACUAA